AUGUGGUCGGGCAGCGAAGGGAGUAUGAGCGCGGCAGAGAGCCUACUGGAGCGGCUCAUGGCGGGGAACAUCAGCACAGAAGUGAGCAGAGAGGAUGGGAGAGGAGGAAGGUACGAGGGAGACGACGAGGACGGGAGGAGGUGGAGAGAUAGCGGUGCUUCUUGGUAUGCAAACGGGUACGGUGAAGAUGAAGAAGCGGAAUACAGCAGCGUCCAGUCGAGUGUGUGGUCGUCUAGCGUCGAUGUAAGCAUUCAUGAACGAACAGAGAACAUGAUGGACCUGAAGAAGACGAUCAGAACUCGAUGGAGUGAGUUCGAGAACCAAAAUGCUGGCACUUCACCUUCGAACCUAUCCUCUGAAGUCUUCCAGCAAGAUUCUAGAAGAUCCAGCCUGAAGAAUGGACUCAGCGAGGAGCACGGAAGAGGAGAGGCCAACAUAGUCGAGCCCCAUCUUUGCUUGGCGCGGGAGACAUGGAGGUCCGACGUAGCAGGCACUAUCGCACUAGAAGAGGGCGAGCGAUGCAGGUUGAUCCGAUACAACCCGGAGAGAUGGUCUCUUGUCGCAAGCCUGGAGAGGAACCGGGACUUCGUGGGAUGGUUUCCCUCCGAGCUCCUCCUGUUCCACAGGGAUUCGCUGCCCAGUGUGGCGGAUGGUGCGAGCCCGCGGUCGUCCGCGCUGUCCAUAGCGAGUCUGUCGUUGAACGAUGCGAUGAUGAAGGAGAGGAUGCUCCUGGCAGCAGCUGAGGAGAGGAAACACGAGAUGCCCCGGGGUAGCGCCAACGAUCCGUCGGCUGAUCGCCUCCUCCUCCGCAAGGCCCAGCUACACCACCAGGAGCAAGUGCUUGAGGAGUUCUGGAGGAUGAAACUGAAGUCUGACAACUGGAACGAGCGAGAGGCUGCCGUCAUCGCGCUGGGGAGAGUAGCGGACAGCAUGCGGGAGAGCAGCACGUCGGCGGAUCGGCGGCUCCUGCUCAACGCGUACGUGGAUGCAGAGCUCCCUCCUCCUGGUUGGCUGCUGUCGGCCUCAGUGACAGAUGAGGCGGCGAGCAAGAGGGCGAAUGGGGGGAUGGGGCCGACGGCUGACGUUCAUGGAAUCAUCUCCCUCCUCCCCAAACUUCUCUACCAGGAGGCCCUGGAGUACAUGCAGCAUGCGGGAGCUGCCCGACACCUUUAUGCAGAAGUUUCUGCGCAUACCCAGCAGGAAAACUCAGUGAUCGGGGAGGAGAGGAGCCGGAGCCACCUGUCGAACGAGAGGAGAGGCGAUGAGGGAGGAGGGAGAGAACUUCAGUCCACAAGCAGUUCAGCGUCCCUCCGGCGCUUCAUUGGGUCACCGCAGCCCACGUACGAGUCGGGAACAUGGCUGCACGAGCAGCUGAAGGAGAGGGACACUCUCUCCUCGCCUGUUGCUGAGAGCGACGAGCAGAACGGAAGACAGAGCUCGAGGCUACAGGAGGAGGAGGAAGAGGAGGAGGAGGAGGAGGACGUGAAAGUGCGACCGCGGAGGGGCAUGCUUGGCAAGGAGCAAGUACAGGAGAGAAGAGGAGCCAAGCUCCUGUUGAAGGAUGAGAGUUCAAGCGACAGUGAGAGAGAAUCAAACAUGUCACGACGGACAACAAGCAAGUCCUGGAAUGGCUCGACAACUGUGAAUGACAAGCGUUCAAAGAGACGGCAGGAAGAGGAGGAGGAGGAGGAAGAGGAGGAAGAGGAGGAGAGGCGUCCAGUGCCAGGUCAAGUGCUUCACCCUCGCCUCACCCAACGUCCUGUAACUGUGCAUCAAGAGGAGGAGGAUGGAAGGGAACCCAGUAAGGUGAAGCCAUACGUCGAGGAGAAAGUGGAGGAGGACGGGAGGGAGGCAGAGACAAGGCGAACCAACGGAAACGAUAACGAGAAAGCGACGAAGCCUGCAAGGCAUCGAGAAACUUCUGCUGCUACUUCCUACGUGAGCCUCUCCAAGUUCCUUCCCAGCAGCUUCCGCAGGAGCGAGUCGAACUCCAAAAGAGCAGAACCCCACAGCUCCUCGAGUUCCGAGGACGAGGGUUCUCAAGCAGCUGCGAGACGCAGGUCGCAGUUCGCAAGGAACAUCGCUUCUCGUGGGGGAUCAGCCAACAGCCAUCGGACUUCCUCGGGAGGAGGAGGAGGAGGAGGAGGAGGAGGAGAGCGGUCGGAGUUCUCUCUGGAGAGGCAGAACUCAGCGACUAGCUCCGAGCUGAGCAGGCCCGUGAGCUCAAUCGGCCUGCCCAAGAGAGAGAACUCGUCGCAUCCUCUCGUGGUCCCGCUAUCUCUACCUCGCCGAGCACGCAGCGGUUCUCCUUUCAGCAUGUCCUCGAGCGAAGGAGGAGCAUCGGGUCUGUCGUCCUACGCCAAGGAGAUGAUCCAGAAGAAACAGAACAAGCCGUCCAUAGUCGUCGAGCAAGUGCUGGAGGACGUGAGGAGGAGGAAGGCAGCAAGCAUGCAGGUGGAGAGGAGGAGAUUGGCGUAUGAUGCGAUGAGAAUGUGUGGGGAGGGAGAGCAAGAGGGGGACGUGGGGAUGGGAGGGAGGAGGGAGAGGGAGAAGAAAGAGAUCAACGCUCCCCUUCUCUCUCAUUCCUCCAGCGUCGCUCACAUGCUUAUGGCCUUGGAACGAGCAAAAACUCCGGUACAGACUUCGUCUCCGCAGACUCUGCGAGCAGACUUGGCGAGCGUCAAGGAGCAGCCGGACAAGAGCGACGUGCUCUCCAGGGUCAGGAGCGAGAUCUCCCUCCUGCUCACCCCCCGGGGAGCCAAGAAAGAGCAGGAGAAGAUCCCGUGGAGCUUCAGCCCCGCGUCCUUGGACCCCGUCUCUCCUCCCGAGGGCAGGGCGGAGAGAGGCAGGUGGGAGGCUGCAGACGUGCUAGCAGGGAGGUACACGGAAGGGAGGAAGGACGAGACGACGCUGCUGCUGCGGCUGCAUGCUGCUAGCAUGGACCCGCUGUCUCCUGCCUCCCAGAGGAAGGCCAAGACCGUUUCCCGCAUUGCCAUGGCUGCCAUUGCCUGUCACUCUUGCCUGGACGACCUGGACUUCGGUUGA